AUGUCACACAGCAUCGGCGUGAUCAUCAGCAGUGUGCGUCAGCCUCGCAUCUGUCCUCAAAUCGCAGACUUUGUUGUCGAAACAAUCCAAACAUCUUCAUCUGGUGCAGCUGCUGGCCGCAGCAAGCCUACACUGAAGAAGAUCGAUCUGGCGAAUUGGACUCUGCCAUUCACUGGAGAGCCUGGGAUUCCGGCCCACAUCAAGGACCCUUCAGAGUAUUCACACGACAGCACGCGGGAAUGGAGCAAGGAGAUUUCCAGCCAUGAUGCUUUUAUCUUCGUCUCGCCGCAAUACAACUGGGGCUAUCCGGCAGCGUUGAAGAACGCGAUCGAUCACCUGUACAACGAGUGGGUGGGCAAGCCGGCGAUGAUCGUAACGUACGGAGGCUAUGGAGGGAACAAAUGCGCCGCUCAGCUGGAGUCGGUGCUCAACGGCCUCCGAAUGAAGCCAGCCACUGGUCACGUCGAACUACCGUACCCAGGAAGGGAGUGGGCGGCAGCAAAAGCCUUCAAAGGGGCGGAUCUCGAAUUAGAUGCAAAGUCAGCCGGCAGUCUUUGGGCUGAGCAUAGGCCAACCAUUGUCGCAGUCUUCGAGGAGGUCGUGAAGUUGUUGGCGGAGCCGUCCGGUUCCUCGAACUAG